AUGAAAUUGGCUGAGUCGCUAGUUGUUCCCUCUACAUGCCCUUCUAUCUCUCGCCUGGCCUACGGCGUACCCAGGACAGAAUUGAGCGCUUGGCAAAACGCGGCAAAUACGUUGGCAUUCACAUUCGAACGUAUUCUUCAACUCCCAUCAGCACAGUUCUGGAGUACCGUAGUCUACGAUCCUAAAAUUAUGACUGCAUUCGAUCAGGUGCUGGAGGCACUUCCUAGGCAGUUCGAAUUGGAUGAGUAUAGGCUGAUAUUUGAUUGGGAUCCAGCAGUUUCGAAAGCGGCCUGGCGCCUUUACUAUUCGACAUUCGCGCUUUUUCUUCGAAUCGCUGUGCUGAAUAAGAAAACGGACCCAGAAUUCUCUGAAAAGGAGUUCAUCGAAAUUGUUCGUGGACGUGGCAUAUUCUCUUCCAAACGGCUGGCUUGUUCCAUCUCUUUCUUCGCUGAAUAUAAUCAAGUCAUGGUG